AUGGCUCGUGGAAACCAGCGGGACAAAGCUCGGGAAAAGAACCUGAAGGAGGCGGCUAAGAAGAAGUCGGCCAACACCAAGAGCGGCAGCGAGAUGGCCAGAGAUAAAGAGGCAGUGGCCCAGCUGAUGCGCGAGAAGCAGAAGGCUGCUGAGGCCAAAAAGGCUGCCGAGGCCGCGAAGAAAUAA